AUGUGUGACCAACAGAAGCAGCAGCAGCAGUUUUUCCCUACAUGCUGCGUGAAAGGGUCAGGGCUGGGGACCGUGCAAAGCACAAAAUCCACGUCUGUGAAGUGUGCGGCUCCGUGCCAGACAAAAGCCGUCUCUGUGACGGAGUCCGUUGCUGGUCAGACACAAGCUAGUGUGAAAUGCCCAGCUCCAUGCCCGACUCAGACCUAUGUGAAGUACCAGGUCCCAUGCCAGACUCAGACCUACGUGAAAUGCCCUGCUCCGUGCCAGACGUAUGUGAAAUGCGCAGCUCCAUGUCAAACAUACGUGAAAUGCCCAACUCCAUAUCAAACCUAUGUGAAAUGCCCAGCUCCAUGCCAGAAGACCUACGUGAAGUGCCCACCUCCGUGCCAGAUGACCUAUGUGAAAUAUCCCUGCCAGACGCAGACGUAUUAUGUCCAGAGGGCUUCUCCUUGUCAGACCUACUACGUACAGUCUCCGGCAGGUGGCACCGCGCAGGGUGCAGGAUCCGUGUGCUCUGUCCCUGACCCAUGCUCUGCUCCCUGUUCCACGAGCUACUGCUGCCUGGCUCCCCAGACCUUUGGGGUGAGCCCCCUGAGACGCUGGGUCCAGCGGCCCCAGAGCUGCAACACAGGAUCAUACGGGUGCUGCGAAAAUUCUGGGUGUGUCAGCUCUGGGGGCUGCGGCUCCUGCUGCUGCAGCUCGGGCUGUGGCUGUGGCUCUGGAUGUUGCUGUUUAGGAAUUAUCCCCAUGAGGUCUCGAGGUCCUGCGUGCUGUGAUGAUGAGGAUGACUGCUGCUGUUAA